GAAGUAUCCAUCCCUUAAACAAGUUUAAUUUGAAUAGACUCUGUACAGCGAAGAAUGGACGCAAUAUCAAAGCACGCAUAUAUGGCUAGAAUUUCCGAGCAAGUCGAAAGAUAUCAGGAAAUGGUCGAGCAUAUUAAAUAUGUAGCCUCCCAUCCUAAGGAGGGUCAGGAUCAUGUUAUUUUGACGAAGGAUGAGCGAAGUUUACUCUCUGUUGCUUACAAGAAUGUCGUAAGUUGCAGAAGAGGGUCUUGGAGAUCCGUCAAAUCUUCAGAACAAAAGGAAAGUGCUCACCCUAAUAGUACUGUUCUCCCGUUGAUCAUUGAGCUUCGAGAGAAGAUUGAGAAGGAACUUACGGAUAUUUGUAUGGAGAUCAUUGGUCUGCUUCGUGAUUACCUGAUUUUUGAUGGAAAAGAGAACGUGGAAGAUCAGGUCUUUUACCUGAAGAUGGUCGGUGAUUAUUACCGCUACCUUGCUGAGUUCCAGACCGGCGAAGACCUUGAGAAUUCCAAGAUGAAUGCUGAUAAGGCAUACCAAGAUGCCAUGAAGAGAGGUCAGGAAGCGAAUCUCUCUCCUACGAUCCCUGUGCUUCUGGGUCUGGCUCUGAACUACUCUGUCUUCUAUUAUGAGAUUUUGAACAAUCCGGACAAGGCCUGCGAACUUGCAAAGCAUGCUUUCGAUAAAGCCGUAGCCGAUCUUGACUCACUGCAGGAGAACGAUUACAAGGAUGCAACGCUGAUUCUCCAGCUUCUUCGUGACAACUUGACUCUUUGGACGACCGACGUGGAGCAGAACUAGGUGUGAUGAUGUAUAUUGA